AUGGGGCAGACAGGUCCUAUUUCACCAGGCCUUUGUGGGGCAGCUCGAGGUGCCACUGAGGGCGAAGAGCAGGCCUUGGUGCUGGAGUGGGAACCGCCCAGUGACAAUGGAGGCGCUGAUUUGGUGGCUUACAGGGUUUGGUUGCGACCGGUUUUCCAGGAUGGUCUAGGCGGCUUUUUCCCAGCGACGAACUUCAUCGAUUUGGGCCUUUUUGAGCACGUUGGCCAUCCGGGUGCCACACAAAGGGCUCCAGUGAGGGUAGAUCAGCUGCCUUCUUGCUCUGGGUGCCUAUGCAGCGUGGCUGCUAUCAAUUCUGCUGGCCUUUCCGGCCAAUCCUUGGAGGCGCCUGUGGUGUGGGCUCACGACCCAGAACGCGAGAAGGAAAUCUUCGAAGGUUCUUCAUCAAUGUCAGAAGAUCUCAAGGUUGAUGGAGGACGCGUUGUCAUCACCCCAAGCCUCACAGCUCAAAGCCCUGCACCUUCUCAUCCUGAGCCUAUUACGGCAUUUGAUCCUGUGGCGGAAGGAAAAGGAGUUGUGCGUAACAUACGCAUGGAUGAUAGGUCGAACCCUACAUGGAAUGUUUCCACCCGAGGAGCCCUUGUGGCCAGGCCAAAUAAUUAA